AUGGACCAACCUGAGCGUUCCUCCCGUUCAGAUUCCCGUCGCGCUCCUGCUGCGCAGGAUGCCAAUACCUCUCGACGGCGUCGCAAAUCGCUUCCGUCUCGCUCGACUAGUGUACCGCGUCAGCGAUCUGCAAACCCUCCGCCUCUGCCUCCCGCGUCUCCCGAAGUCAUAUCUUCUUUGAUCUCGUCUCUCUCGAGCAUCUCAACCCCCGCCCAGACCCAUUUUGACAAUAUUCCCCAUAUCGGAUCCCACACGGCGCCGCCCUCUCCAAAUCCUCAAUCCGAAUUUGGAGGCCGAUUGGAUGGCAAGUCCUCCACUGAGCAUGGGUUUGGUAUGGAUUAUGGCGCUUAUAAGACCCCUGCAGAGUCCAUCAACAGUUCAUUCUUGCACCCGGAUGAUGCCGCUAUUGCCCCUGUCGUUCGCAUGGCUCCGGCGCCUGCUCCUUCUUCUCCGCGAGCCAAGUCUAGCUUCGGGCGGGAUUCCUCAUCGUUAAGACCCACCUCGAGGGGUUCCUAUGCUUCAUCGCGAGCGCCGUACGAUGAAUACUCUGGAUUUGGGGUCAUCUCGGCGGAACCUGGUCCUCGACCCUCGCGGACGGCCAGUAUCGCGUCUUCCAGCUCUGGAGGUCGAAAGAGUCUCAAGGGCCAGCUAGGACUGCUCAGGAAAGCAUCGCGUGAAUUCGUCCAAGACAAAGAAACUGACCGGACACGGAAGACUCCCACCCAAGAUGAUGGCGUGAAGUCGGGGGUGGCUCGAAGCCGAACUAGUCUGCGUUCUCGACAUUCUAUGGCAGACGUGGCCGAAGAGGGCGGUAAUUCGGACACUGUGGAGGAAUCUCCAAGCAAAGGAGAGGCUACAUCUCCAACUACGCCGCUCCCUAGUCCGGGGGGCAUUGGUAGCGGUCGGUUUAUUCCUGCACGGGACUCGUCCUUACGGCAUAGUUACAGUAGCAAUUCGAACAAGAAACGCCGGUCGGCGCGUCAUGGCCGAUACUCUUCGACAGGCAGCAAGGACCUCAAGGUUGAUGCCGAUAUUGCCGAGGCGAAGAACGAGACGGAGCAGACGACAAAGCGGAUUCAAGAGGUCAAGGAGCAGCAGCAAAGGAUUAAGACGGGAAUGGAGAACGGCCAAGACACUUCUGCCAUGCCAAAGCAAGCCACGUCUGAAUCCCAGCAACGGAUUUCUCGAUCCUCGACUGAACCGCCGCCUCGUCGCAGGUCCCGGGGUGGUGAAGCUUUUUCUAAGGACAUCGAUCCGUCCAGCGGUGAUCUGCAGGAGGAGAGCGCGCCUUCUCCGGCCGUCCAGACACGCAGAACAAGAGAAAAGGAAAAAGAAAAGAAGCGACAGUCGCUUGAUAAAGCAGAUCCUCCUCUCAGUCCUCUUGGUUCAAAGCAUCAUAAACGUUCUCCGUCCGGUCCCUUGUCUCCAGUCCGCCACUCGACUGUCGAGGAGCGACCGUCCAGCGCCGAUUCCAUCGAUCUAGCCGUAGAAGCGUACGUAUCCUCGCCCAGACUGACCCAGAAGGUGCCCCACCCGCGUUCAGGUCGCAUGAUAGCGUUCUCUGAAGUGGGGGAUCCAAAAGGGCAUGUCGUCUUCUGUUGCCUGGGCAUGGGUCUGACGAGAUAUCUUAUGGCCUUCUACGAUGAACUGGCUCGCAGUCUCAAAUUGCGGCUGGUCACACUUGACCGUCCUGGAGUCGGGGAGAGUGAUCCCUGCGAAGACGGGACCUGCACCCCUCUCACUUGGCCUGCGACAGCGCUUCGAAUCCCACAACAUAUUCGAGGCCGCAUCCAUCUAUUGGCUCCUUGGAUCCCACCCUCCCAGAUGUCGAGUCUUGGGACACACAAGGAGCCUCUUCCGAACAACGCUGUUCCUUAUUCACAGAGAAUCCUCCGCGCGCUUCCGACACCAAUUCUGAAGGUCGCGAACUCGAGCUUUAUGAACGCCACCAGCAGCAGUCUGACGACUAGUCUACCUAAGUCUCCUCGAAGGAGUAAACGGAAGAGCAUUGGCAGGGAGACCCCAGCUACCACAGUCGCAGAAACAUCGUCUGGUGAUAAUCAACAAGGGCAGGACCGGGGAGCCGCGCAAGAUGCGACUGGUUCGAACAGUAACCAGUCGACCACUCCAGGUUCCGGUAAUAACGCGGCUGCCCUGGCUGCGCAAAAUCGAGAACGCCAGUCUGAAUAUGACACCAGACUGACGUACCGGAUCUGGGAGCUGGCAACAACAAAUGCCAACCCAGCUGUGGACCUGCUGGUCUGCCUUGAGCGCCGACAAACGAUUGGUUUCCGUUACGUUGAUAUUAACCGAGAAGUCGUUAUCCACCAUGGGAGCCGAGACACGCGCGUUCCGGUGGACAAUGUCCGGUGGCUAGGCAGGACGAUGCGGAGGUGUGAAGUUCGCGUCCUCGAGGGUGAAGGCCAUGGCUUAAUGGCAUCGGCCGUUGUCAUGAGCAAUGUGCUGAGCGAAAUCGCCCAGGAAUGGGUGGACUGGACGACAGUGGUCCAGGGGAGACGAGGUCGCCGCGCGACCAUCACGCAUCAUGCAUCGCGCUCGGGUCUCGCAUCACGCUCUGGUAUCAUGGUAUAA